AUGGCAUCAAGCACAAGCACUAUCCUCCUCUACUUCCUCGCGAUAUGGAUUCCCUUCCUACCUGUCGCGAUAAAGCGCGGUUGCACCGCUGAUCUCUUCAUCAACAUCGCAUUGUGUAUUCUUGGUUGGAUCCCUGGUGUUAUCCACGCUUGGUACAUAAUCAGCAAGACGGAAAAGGUACCGGUUCCCUAA